GAAGAGGAGGGUGAGUCCGAGGAGGAGGCGCCGCCGCCGCCGAAGCUUGCUCCAAAGCAGGCGCCAGAGGGCCGGAAGCCCCAGGCAGCGGCCGAGACCAAGAAGCCUGCCGCUUUCAGCCGCAUCUGGUCCACCGACGACGAGGUGCGUAUCCUCGAGGCCCUCGCGGCUCACCAAAAGCAGCACGGCACGCUGCCGCAGCCCGACGCCCUCGUCGACGCCCUUGCAGGGAAGCUCGACAACCGGGCCUACGGCAGCAAGGAGCUCCAGGGGAAGGUCCUGGCCCUCAGGCGUCGGUACCUCGCGCUCAGCAAGAAGGGCGAGCUCCCGAGCAAGGAGCAUGACCGCCGGGUGCUGGAACUUUCCAAGAUGGUCUGGGAAGGCGGCGACAUGGUCACCGCCGCAGCUGCCUCUGCCAAGUCUGCGAAGGCGGCAAAUGGCCAGGAGCCAAAGGGGUUCGAGGAGAUGUGCGAUCUGUAUCCGUACCUAGCGGAGCAUGUGAAGGAGCUGGAUGCGGCGAACCCGGGCAUUUUCAAGAGGCAGUUCGGGAUGAUGGACGAGGAUAAGGCGCGCGCCAUGGACGAGAAGAUCAAGAGGCAGCGGGUGGCGCAGAUGAAGGUGGAGCUGCGCCGCCAUGACCUGGUAAGGGAGGUGACCAAGGCCAUCAUCGACUUGGUCGACUGAUGGGAGCGUCAUGAGCUUACCUGAAACUGUACCGGUGAUCACAAUGUGGCGAUUUGGUGGAGCAAGAAGGUUUCUGAAAUUAUGAGCUAUAAUCUGCAAAUUUUGGUGUCUCGGAUGGUCUAAACAUGAGACCUAUGCUGGAACUGCAAAUUGUGCCUGGUCUUUGUAAGAAUGCUUUUUUUCGUGUGGCCAGAGCAUGCUAGAAUUAUAGCAAAUUAGGGGUGUCUUUAUGGUGUGAGCAUGAUGAGACAUGUGCUGGAACUGCAAAUUGUGCUGGUGGAUUAAGAAUGUUUUCCUGUGUGGCUAGAGAAGUACUGUACGGUAGAACUGGCAAAUUGUGCUGCUGUUGCGGGAAUCUUUCUUGCCACAGGUUCUAUCGAUUGUGUGAGGUUUUAUGUAUGAAACGGUCGCUGAAUUUGUACUUGGUUCAGUAAAGCUUUUCUGUUGUUAGUUU